AUGUACUCUCCUUCUAACCAGUUAUUGACUCCAUUAUUGCUCCUCUCUCUCCUUUUCCAAAUAUGCGUUUCCCUAGACACCAUAACGCCGGACGAGCCUCUUAAAGACGGUGACAUCCUCGUCUCCCACCGAGAAACGUUUGCACUUGGGUUUUUCAGUCCAGCAAAUUCUAGCCGUCGCUACGUCGGCAUUUGGUAUAACAAAGUGCCACUAAAAACGGUUGUUUGGGUCGCUAACAGAGACGACCCUCUCGACGACACUGCCGGUAUAAUCUCCAUCGACGGUCAUGGAAACCUCGUCAUCACCGAGACGAACCGAAGCAUCCCUAUCUGGUCUACCAACGCUUCUGUUGUCUCCGCGAACCAUUCCAUGGCUAGGCUCUUGGACACCGGGAACCUCGUUUUGGUUCAUCCAGAAACCCUGAGCUUUAUAUGGCAGAGCUUUGACUUUCCGACCGACACUUUGCUUCCGUUUAUGAAACUCGGGCUCGAUCGCCGUACUGGACUGAACCGGUUCCUGACAUCUUGGAAGUCCAAAGAUGACCCAGGAACCGGCAACUGCACCUAUGCGAUUGAUCCAACCGGUUAUCCGCAGCUGUUCUUAUACGAGGGUGGGGCUCCUUUGUGGCGGGGCGGAUCUUGGACCGGACAAAGAUGGAGCGGCGUACCCGAAAUGACACGGAAUUACAUCUUCAACGGCAGCUACGUGGAUAAUCAAGAUGAGAUCACCAUUGAAUACGGUGUCACUGUACCUAAUGUUUUCACUAGAGUGAUGGUGGAGGAACCUGGGGUAGUGAAGCGGUCUGCUUGGCACGAGACCGGGUGGGUCGGGUUUUGGUCCGCCCCGAAAGAGAAGUGCGAUAACUACCAAGAAUGCGGUCCAAACAGUUACUGUGACCCGAACAACGUAGAAAAGUUUGAGUGCACGUGCUUGCCCGGGUUUGAACCCAAGUCGGCCCGUGAUUGGUUCUUGAGAGAUGGGUCGGGCGGGUGCGUGAGGAAUCAAGGAGUGUUCACGUGCAACAGCGGAGAAGGGUUCGUGAAGCUUGCACGUGUGAAGGUGCCGGAUACCUCGAUAGCACGCGCGGACAUGAGUCUGUCAUUGAAAGAGUGCGAGCAAGACUGCUUGAAGAAUUGUACUUGCACGGCAUACACCAAUGCAAACGAGACAAAGGGAGGGAUUGGGUGCCUUACAUGGCACGGCAACUUGGUGGACGCGAGGGUUUAUUCAAAUGGAGGACAAUAUUUAUAUCUACGCGUGGAUGCAGCUACAUUAGCUCAAUAUGCAAAAAAGAAUGGUCUUCUUCAGAAUAAGGGAAAGCUGGCGAUUCUUGUGAUUUCUGUUGCACUAAUGCUGUUUAUUGUGGCUUCCAUUGUGUAUUGGUUCAUAAUGAGGAAGAUAAAGGGUAAGUAAAACAUGAUUUUUAA